ACGGGCGCGCGUGUGGUUAUUUCCUUGCGGUGAUGCCUUGCUUGUCUGCACUCUGAAUCGGUGGAACUAACGAAGCCAAGAUGGCGUCCAUGCGCUUCCCUUUCUCUUUUCCUCAGCCCCAACCGCCUCAAUUCCCUCGCCCCUUCACCGCAUUUGCUGUUGGUGCUGCCAUCGCCGGUGCCUCCGCCGCCGUCGUGGCUGUCUCCUCCUCCUCCGACCGCCCCUUUCUCAGGAAUGCCCUGAAUUCCGUCUUCUCUUCUGGCCACUCGUUGCCUCUCUGGGGUUCACUCAGCUUGGCCGACAGUGGGGUUUCCGUGCUUGAAUCAAAGACUGGAAUUUCCUUCCCUUCGGUUCUAGCCUCUUCUCAAAAACUCUGCGGAAUUGGGUUGCGAAAAAAAAGCGUCUUGGGUUUGAAGAACAUUGAUGUAUACGCAUUUGGUGUUUAUGCUGAUGAUGAUGACAUAAAGACUCAUCUUUCUGAUAAAUAUGGGAAGUUCUCCGCGUCUGAAUUGCAGGGCAAUAAGGAGUUUAUUGACGAUCUUAUGGACAAUGAUAUACCCAUGACAGUUAGGCUUCAAAUUGUGUAUGGGAGAUUGAGCAUUCGUUCUGUGCGUAGUGCAUUUGAAGAGUCUGUAGGAAGUAGGCUGCAGAAAUUUGGGGGAUCAGACAAUAAAGAAUUGCUUCAAAGGUUCACUUCCCAGUUUAGAGAUGAAAUAAAAUUACCUCGUGGAUCUGUAAUUCAUCUCUCAAGAGAGAAGGGCCAUGUUCUUAACACCUCAAUUGAUGGACAGGAAGUGGGAAGCAUCAAGAGUAAACUCCUAUGUAAGUCAAUUUUAGAUUUAUAUUGUGGUGAAGAAGCAUUUGAUAAACAGGCCAAAGAAGAAAUUGAGCACAACGUGGCUUCUUACCUCUAGAGGUAGAAUCUUAGGCUUGGAAUCAUCUUUAAAACAUGGAUUCUGAACCUUUUUUAAUUCCCUGCUCUGAGUAAUUUUUAGUUUAUGCAUACCCGGAACUUCAAGAUUGCAAUAUGAAUUUAUUCAUAUUUCUAUCAGCUAUCUUGUAAAAGAGGACUUUUCUGAACUCGUACAAAUCAUAACGCAUCUUCUAAGUGGGUUGACUAGACCUAGAUUUGUUUUGUUGUGAAAA